AUGGCAGCUAAUGCGGGUACGAGGACCACGAGAAAGAGAAAGUGUAUUGUGCUUCAAGAUGAAGACAAGGAAAAAGAGGAGGAAAAAAAUCUGCUGAAGGACCUGACGGCCGGCCUGAAGAAGGCGCGCGACGAGCGAACCGACGCUGACCGGGCGCUGCUUCGGAAGUACCCGGAUCACGUGAUCCGCAUACAGAAACGGCUGGAGAAGUACAGAAGCCGCAAAGCCCGCCAGGAGGAGUACGAGGAGCCGGAGUCGGUGAUCGCCGACAAGAGCGCGGCGCUGGCGGAGGCCAUCCGCGGCGCGCGCCACCUGGUGGUGUACACGGGCGCCGGCGUGUCGACGUCGGCCAGCAUCCCGGACUACCGAGGGCCGGACGGCAUCUGGACCCGGCUCAGCCAGGGCCGCGGCGUCGGGCAGCACGACCUGACGGCGGCCGACCCGACGCCGACGCACAUGGCGCUGUACGGCCUCUGGCAGCGCGGCAUGGUGCGGCACGUGGUGUCGCAGAACUGCGACGGCCUCCACCUGCGCUCGGGCCUGCCGAAGCGCAACAUGUCGGAGCUCCACGGCAACAUGUACCUCGAGGUGUGCGCCAGCUGCCCGCGCCAGUACGUGCGCACGUUCGACGUGACGCCCAAGACGUCCCGCCAGAACCACAAGACCGGUCGCAGGUGUUACGAGUGCGCCACGCCGCUGAUCGACACGGUGGUGCACUUCGGCGAGCGCGGCAGCCUGCGCUGGCCGCUCAACUGGCGCGGCGCCAGCCGGCAGGCGCGCAAGGGUGACGUCAUACUGUGCCUCGGCAGCAGCCUCAAGGUGCUGCGCAAGUACAGCGGGCUGUGGUGCAUGCACCGGCCGCCGCACAAGCGGCCGCGGCUCUUCAUUGUCAACCUGCAGUGGACGCCCAAGGACGAGGCGGCCGCGCUCAAGAUACACGGCCGCUGCGACGACGUGAUGGUGCGCGUGAUGGAGCACCUGGGCCUGCCGAUGCCGCAGUACUCGCGCGCCACCGACCCGCUGUUCCGCCUGGCCACGCCGCUGCAUCGGAGCGAGGCGGUACCGCGCUAUUGCCUGACGCGGCCCGACACGCCGCCCGGCGCCGACGACCAGCUGGGGAACGAGCCGGCGGCUGCCGAGCAGGAGCGGUCCGGCCACCUCAGGCAGGACGCGCCGUCGCCGCCGGCCUGUCACGUGACCGAGCUGCGGGACGCGCCGUCGCCGCUGGCGUGCCACGUGACCGAGCUGCGGGACGUGCUGGUGCAGACGGACCCGAUCGAGUGGCGCGAGGACGAGUUCACCAUCAUCGAGGGCUUUGAGCAGGCGGCCUGCUCGCCGCCGCAGGCCAGCGCCGACAGCAGCACGACCUCGGACCCGGGCCACAGUCCGGACGGGCGCUGCUCAGACCUCUCCCACAUCCGCCUGCUGGACGGGGACCGCAGCCAGUUCUGCCUCAGCGACGACUGCCUGGACCAGCUGAGCUCCAGUGACGUCAUCUUCAUCGACGUGACGUCGACGGCGCCCGGUCUGAUGGACCACGACUACACGCGCGUCACCGCCGUGGAGUGCGGCGGAGGAGGCCGGCGGGGGUUCGACUCGAAGGGCGAAGAUGGCGAGAGCAGGGGCGAGUCACGGGGCCAUGACAGUGAGAGUCGAGUCGAGCUGCAGGGCGAUGACAGUGGGAGUCAAACGGAGUCGCGCCUGGGCGAAGAUGGUGGGGGUCACUGCGAGUCGCAGGACGAAGACGGGGAGAGCCAUGACGAGUUGCAGGGAGAGGAUGUCGCGAGUCAAACGGAGUCGCAGGCCGGAGAUUGGCAGGAUGACGACGACAUGAGUCGAUCAGGAUCCCAGCAUGAGGAGAGCACAUGCUCGAUCGCGUGGGGCGGCUUCGAAGGCGAGAAGAACGACACGAGUCAGGACGGCGACGUCUUGAGUCGGGACGCGUGGGUCAGCGCGAGUCAACGCGAGUCGCUGGGCUGGGGCGACGGCAGCCAAAUGGAGUCGCAGAACGCAUGCGACGGAGGCGAUGCGAGUCCCAUGGAGUCGCACGGUGCGGACGCCGGUGGAGUCGACGCGCGGAACGGAGACUGCUCGAACCGGGACGCGUGGGUGGACGCGAAUCAGAGCGAGUCGCUGGACGGCGCGAGCUCGAGCGCGUACGACCCGUUCAACGACGAGGGCCAGCCGGGCUCGCUGGGCGUCAGCUACCGCGAGCAGUCGACCGACUCGGAGACCGACUCGAACGCCUCGGACCUGACCGACGCCGCGCGAUCUCAGUUCUGCCUGCGCUAA